UUCAUACAAAACUGGGUGGCCAGGGCAGAUGUGAUCCCAUUUUACAGAAGGGGACUCCGAGAUUCAGAGAUCCCAGGAAACAAAAAUAAGUCCCCCCCUCCUAAUCCGGAAGCCGUAAAGAUCCAGGCCUGGUGGCGCGGCACCCUGGUGCGCCGGACGCUGCUGCACGCAGCGCUCAGAGCUGCCAUCAUUCAGCGCUGGUGGAGGCAGGUGCUCGCCCAGCGGCUGGAGCGGCGGCGGCGGGCGGCGCUGGAGAUCUUCGCGGAGAAGGAGUGGGCGGCGGUCAGGCUGCAGGCCUGGGUCCGCAUGUGGCGUAUCCGUCUGCGGUACUGCCGCCUGCUCCACGCCGCCCGCGUCAUCCAGGCGUACUGGCGCUGCCGCGCCUGCACUUCCCGGGGCUUCAUCAACGGCCACUACAGAGUCAUGGCCAACCAGCUGCAUCUCGAGCUAGAGAUCGUGCUGGGCUCCGAGCCUUGCUUUGUGUCAGAAUGUAUUCCCCUCCCAAUAAAGCAGUGA